AACUUAUAACAAUAAUAGUGAAGCUAACAACAUGUCUCCAUCCACUCUUCAAUUGCAAGAUUCCUUUCUCCAAUUCCAUUCAAGAAGGCUACUUCUUCACACCCCUCUCUACAAUCCACCACCAGUUGCCACCAUCGGUGCUAUCGGAAACGAACAACAACCCGACUCGUAUACAAGCCGAGGCAAUAGUAUCGAUGCAAAUGUUGUUAUGGUCCUUGCAGUCCUUUUAUGUGCCUUAAUUUGUUCUUUGGCAUUGAAUUCCAUUAUAAAGUUUGUUUUGUGGUGUACCGGUUUGUUGCCCUCUAGAACUAAUAUCCUAAUCAAUUCUCGAACUACACUUCCCCAAAUUGGAAUCACCAAGAAGGCUUUGAAAGCAUUCCCAACCAUUAGUUACUCGCCCGAGGUUGUGAAUCAAUCUGGCUUAGACACGGAGUGCGCCAUCUGCCUAUCGGAGUUCACCACGGGCGAGCGAAUCAGGAUCUUGCCCAAAUGCAACCACGGUUUCCAUGUGAGGUGCAUCGACAAGUGGCUCAAUUCUCACCCAUCGUGCCCGACUUGUCGUCACUGCUUGAUAGAUGUAAGCAAGAAGAAGAUGAUGGGUUGCAACCAAGUAGGGAUGGUGGCUCCAGCACCAUUACCCCCACCUUCGGAAACAAUGAUAAUUCUAUGCCCAUUAGAACCGGAAGUUAUGAUAAGAAAUUAUAGAGGGAUUUAGCUUUUUAGCUAAAUAGUUAUUAAUUGUUGGCUUCAAAUUGAUUGUAUAUAGUUGAUCAUUCAGGGCUGGCAUAUUUAUUUAAUUAAGAGAAAAUUAAGUGGGCUUCUUUUAUAUAUGCAAGUUGUAUAGAUAAACAAUUUCAAUAAAAACACAACCUUUUGUCA